AUGUCUUCUUUCUGGUUUCCUCGUCCGACAAUCAUGCAAGAGCAUCCUGAAAAGCUAUACUCUUCGUUCGGGGUUGAUCGCGCCGUGGUGUGCGAGCUUGCUUCUGACCAGGAAACUCCAGAAACUGUCAGAGAGGGCUACUGCGGAGCAUACCUCAGUUUCUUCGAGUCUUGCGGGCUUUCUUUCCCGAUUCUGAGACAAGUGCUUGAGUUUCUUGUUGAGCUUAGGAUCUCUCUCACGCAUCUAUGCCCUAAUCUCCUCAGACAUCUCCUAGCGAUCCUUGUCAAAGCCAGGGAGGAGAAGCUUUUGUUCGAGCUCGAGGAGUUGCACAGACUAUACCUCAUAAAGCGCAACCAAAGGAACCCUGGGACCUUCUUGGCGUCUCCCCGCCCCGGCCUCCACGUGAUAGGCGGGACACCCCAUAGGGAUGAUCUAUGGCGAGAGCAAUUCUUUGUUUUCAAAGUUGACUCGUCCACAGUAGGAGAAUUUGAUUUCUCCCUGCUCCCUCGUCGCUGGGCUAAGACUAUCGGUGAGGUUUCUCCGAUGUCGGAUCAACUUCGAGGUAUGGUGGUCGUUAUGAAACGCGGAGACACCGACUGGUCGUCGUUCACUAGGGAGCGAAUUCGUACUUUGAAUUCGCUUCCUGUCGGAUUAGGAAUUGCUCCUGCAAUCUCGGGGUCGAUCGGAUUACUCGAGGAAGCUCACUCUUCUGAUCAUGAAGAGCCUACUUCUGUGGAAGAGGUCAUUGCUCCUCCUAACACGAGUCGUUCUGAGAGGUGCUCGUUUCGGAGGUCGCUCAGGGCCUUGGCGUCUGCUUCGAAGAAAGCGUUAGUGGAUCCUACCCCGUUAGCUUUGAGUUUCGAUUCUGAGGAGGAUACGCCGAUUCGCAAGCACGGGUCUGCUAAAGCUUCACGAAGUGCCUCACCGAGACCGCCGCGACCUACUUCUAAGGUGUCAAAAAGGCGGAGAGUUGGGAGGAGCGACCAUUCCCCUCUACGCGAGACCAGUUCUGGUCUUAAACACUUGGGUGAAGGGACUAGCUCUCGGAACUUCGGGGCGACGUUCUUUUCUUCCUUAGAGGAGGAAGAGGCUUAUACCAAGGUCGCCGAGGCGAAUGCCAAGGUCAUGGAAGCUUGUAACGACCUUAUUCUGAAGAUAGCGGAGCAUACAGGGACCUCUCAGAGAGAUGUAGAGAUUGAUAGGAUCUCUCUUGACUUCAAGAGGAUCUCUGCUGAACUCGAGGAUGCUAAGCGGGAGAACAAGGAGGAGGUUGAGAAGAUCAACUCCAUGAUGACAGAGUGGGUGAAGGUUUGUGAUGAGAAGUCAGCCCUGGAGAUCGAAGUCGCUGCUCAACAGGCCAAGAUCGCAAGGCUCAAAGCCGAGAGGGAUCGAGACUUUCGCUCUGCUCGUCGCGAGAUGUCGCAGCAGUAUGCAGUGAUUUUGAAGUCUUUGGGAGACAAGUGGUCCGACAAGGAGAUAGAGAUGGCAGCUAGAAUCCAGCUUGAAGAGGUGUUUGCUAACAUCGACCUUUUGACUGAGAUCAAAGAGGGGAGCUGUGACGUUGAUGGGGAGUUGACCCGCCUGCAGGAUUUCGAGAGGGAUUGUGAAGCAGCCGUCGAGUCUUGCCCCUCCUCGAGUUGGACUAUCUCCGAACUUGAUCUUCCGCAGGUGUCGGAGGAGUUGGACCUUGGGGGACCGUCAAACGCGGGAGGCGACGCUGACUCUUGA